ACAAAAACGAAAGUAUUUACAGAGAGUCAUCUUAUGUUGUAUGUACUCUUUGUCUAUUUUAAACCAAUAGCAAGCGCUCUGUGGGAAAAAAAUGUAGUUGUAAAUGCAAGCUCACAGAGGACGUUACCAUUUGAUGUAAAGAAAGUCACUUAGGACUCAAAUCACCCUGGCGCCGACCUCUAUUUACUAAGAAAACAUGACGAAGAAGAUCCAAGGAGCUUGUACAUUGUGUCUGCAUCAUGUCGCUCUUCUCCAAAGGAAUCCUGGUUCAUCACUGCAGUGCUCCAGAAGCUUUAGUUCACUCAGGGAAGGAAAGCGUAGGGGGUUGUUACGGAAGACACUUGCCACCAUCGCAGUGGGUGUGCCAGUGGCGGCGGGCGUGAAAUAUGCCGUGUCGGACAAGAGAGAGCGGAGGAAGAUGAGGAUAGUGACUGAAGGAUUUGGUCGGUUCUGCAGAUCUCUCUAUGUGGGACUCGUGAUAUCAGUGGACUACUGGUGGACCACCAAUGUGUCUCUUCGGGGUUUGGAUGAGAGCAGCCCAUCCUACACUUCGGCAAUAUCAGCUUGCCACCAAAGAGCGGCAGAGAGCAUGGUGGAGGGUGCCAUAAAAAAUGGGGGCUUAUACAUCAAACUGGGCCAAGGUCUGUGCUCUUUUAACCAUCUCCUGCCGCCUGAAUACAUCCGUACCUUGCAAGUCCUGGAAGAUAGAGCCUUGAAUAGGCGAUACAAAGAGGUGGAUGCUCUUUUCCAAGAAGACUUCAACAAAAGCCCACAGGAGAUGUUUAAAAGCUUUGAUUAUGAGCCUAUAGCUGCUGCCAGCUUGGCUCAGGUUCACAAGGCAGAACUCUUAGAUGGAACUUCCGUCGCUGUGAAGGUGCAGUACAUUGAUCUCAGGGACCGCUUUGAUGGUGACAUCAGGACAUUGGAGGUACUGCUGGAUAUUGUCAAAUUCAUGCACCCGAGCUUUGGAUUCCGAUGGGUACUCAAGGAUCUGAAGGGGACUCUGGCACAAGAGCUCGACUUCGAGAACGAGGCCAGGAACUCGGAGAGGUGCGCCGACGAGCUGAAACACUUCAAAUUUAUUGUGGUGCCAAAAGUGUUCUGGGAGCAAACCAGUAAGAGGGUGUUGACGGCCGAGUUUUGCAAAGGUUGUAAGAUCAACAAUGUGGAAGAAAUUAAAAGACAAGGACUGAGCUUGAAAGAUGCCGCCGACAAGCUGAUCCGAGCAUUUGCUGAGCAAAUAUUCUACACGGGUUUUAUCCAUGCUGAUCCACAUCCUGGAAAUGUUCUUGUGAGGCGAGGUCCCGACAACAAGGCAGAGUUGGUGCUUUUGGAUCAUGGCUUGUACGAAUACCUCAGCCAACAUGACCGUGUGGCUUUGUGUAAAUUAUGGAGAUCUAUCAUCCUGCGAGAUGAAGCUGCUAUGGAAAUGUACUCCAAAGCGUUAGGUGUCAAAGAAUACUUCCUCUUCUGCGAGAUGCUGCUACAGCGGCCCAUCAACAUGCGCGAGUUGCGCCUGUGCAAUAUCCUGAGUGGAGAGGAGACGGCCUACAUGCGCCAAAUGGCUGUCCACCGCUUCAACAGCAUCAUGGAAGUGCUCAAAUCCAUGCCCCGGCCCAUGUUGUUGGUCUUCCGGAACAUCAACACGGUUCGGAGCAUCAACAUCACGCUGGGAGCGCCUGUUGACCGCUACUUCGUGAUGGCCAAAAGUGCGGUGCGAUCUUGGGGAAAGAUCCAUGCAGAGAAAACCAGUAUGCUGCAUAGAUUCUGGGUAGUCCGCUGGUUGUGGACUAGAUGGGAAGGCCUCAAGUUCGAGCUGGCUUUAAGAUCAGAGAUGGCGUUGAUGAGCGUGACCCGCUCCUUCGUUAACCUGCUGACCUACUUGGGUGUCAUCUCUCUGGAUUCUGAAAUGUAUGAGUACCUAAGAUAGCGCUCGGCUUUCCUACCUCAUGGCGUAGAUCAUUUUUUUCUUCAAAAGCUAUGCAGCCAACCACCUGGCAAUGGGGACCUUAUUCAUCACUUUUUUUGAAGCCACUCUUCCAAGCUAGCUAAAAUAGUCUUCCCAGUCACAAUGAACUGCGGGAAGGGUGGGUGGACUCUAAUAUUGCAGUGGGUGCCAAAGUCUGCUUACACUACUUGCACUGUGCUAGACAGCUUAAAGAAAUUGGAAUAUUUUAAGAGCCCAUUAUAAUGGUUUUAAGAUUUGAAACUGCUGCUAUUUCAAAAUAAAUUGUCAGCAUGCAUCUUAAGCAGCUUUAAUAUGCAGUGUUAUACAUUAGUCAAUGUGUUGUAUUCAAAAUUAAGAAUCACUGCUUUAUUAUGAUUAUGCUAGUUUGUUGAAUUGUGUUCCUUUGUGAUUUAACGUGUGUAUGACAAGAUUUUUCUCUUUGAACUUCCAUGGUUAACGCAACAACCAAAAUGUUUAGGUUUAAUGAAUUAUUCUACCUCUUGUUUUCAGCGUUUGUUAAAAAUAAGUUGAUGAAAAAAAAUGACCAUAUAAACUGAUCUUUUUUUGUAUGACUUUUACUGACUUUUUUUUUUUUUUUUAACAAAAACAACUCUUGAAUAGCUAGAAAAACAAUCAAAAUUGGCCAUGAUCAAAAGAUUUUCUCCAUCCGGUAAAAAACAACAUCAAGUGGAUAAAACACGGGAAUGUGGCUCUUAGAAAUGAGCUGUUACUCUGUCGAUUUCUUGAAGGUCAUCCAAAAUCUGAAAAGAAACCAAGGGGAUUAAAAUUACUAUAUGAUGUACCGUAUUGGCCCGAAUAUAAGACGGCUCUGAUUAUAAGACGACACCCUCUUUUUCAAGACUCAAGUUUGAAAAAAAAGACUUUUUGAACACCAAAUUAAUUUUUAUACAGAAAAUAAUUACAGUAUAUCCGAAACAAAUGAUUAUAACAAUAUAUUUGAGAGAAUAAGCAUGUUAUUUUGCCUCAUUCAAAUCUUAAUAUCUGAACAUUUAAAUACGUAAUCUAAAGUGCAAUAACAUUCGUCAAUGAAAGUCUUCUGGUUUUAGAAAUGUAAAUAAACCAAUCUAUUGUGAUAAAACAACAAAAUUGCAAUAAUUGCAGUAACCAUCAAAGUGAAGUCUUAACUAUAACUGUAGUCUUGAAACAAAUCUGAAUAAGGAAAAACAUUGCAAUAAAAUAAUGCAAACUGGUUAAACUUGAGAGUAGCUGAGAUCUGUCAUGACUAGGGCUGCAGCUAUCGAAUAUUUUAGUAAUCGACUAAUCGACUGAAAAUUCUAUCGAUCGGAUAAAACUUUUUUUUUUUUUAGGUAAAGAGCAAUUAUAAAUACACAUGAGAAAAAAAGACAUUUAAUCCAAUAUUGAACUAUUUUCAGUCAAUCAAUGUCUUUAUUUUCGAUUUACAUUGUUGAAAACAGCCAAAAAUUGCAUCGUGGAUGUGACUAGAAAAAAAAUUCAUUGCUUUCACUCAAAAAAACUUCUCGAUCUUCUUAAAAAAAAAAAACAUAUUUCUUACCUAAAAAUGUAAUUAUGCUUGAUAACACACAUCACUUGAAAGCUACGUGUUUUUCCCACGUGUUUCAAUUCAAUUUCCAUUUGUGUCAAGCUAUUUUAAAGUUCUAGUUAAGUUUUAAGUUAGUCUAAACUGUAAGUACUGAUAGGAUUUUGAGUUUUUGCAGUGUUCAAAAUAAAUGUAUGAUACCUGCUGUAUUGGAGCACAUUAGGGACCAGUGCUACUUGGUGUUUUAUUCAGCAAUGACUACUUAAUUUUACACCCUCAUCACUCUACAGCGCUGUUUUUACAGAUUAAAUAAAGCCUGUAUGUAAAACACGUUAGCCACGCAUUGACAGUGGUCAUA